AGUUAAUUAGAUAUUGAAGCAAAUUAGUAUUCCCAUCACUCCAAAUUAUAAGAAUCUAUAAACGCAAAUUACUAGAUUUUAGAUAUUUAUAUCGAAAUUUAACCAUAAACGUUCUAAAUAAUCAUUUUCGGUGAUUGUGAAAGAUAAUAUAUAUACAUACAUCUGUGUAUCUCACCCUAACUUUUAUUAAAAAAAUAUCUCACGCUGGUAUUCUCGGGUCGGUUGAAAUCGUAGCUCGAAGAAACCACGUGUAUUUUGUCAUUGAUGUAAGAUAUUUGAACUGUUCCUCUCUUUCUUUUUCUCAUAUCUCACUUAACCACCACUUGGCUUCACACCACACAUUAUAAGCGUGUCCUCAAAAAAAUCUCUCAUUACUCUCAAAACACAUUCCUCUUUCUUCUUCAUUUCCUUCCUCAGCUCCUUUUCAUUCUUAUGCAAGAAAGGAAACAAAUAUCUGAGUUCUUUAAUCAAUUUGCUUUCUUGGAGAACUAUUUUUUCGUUUCCACAUAGAGGAACUCAAGAUUUUCUUGACCUCCAAUGGAUUCUGUUUCCCUUUCUGAGGUUACUGUCAUGAGAAGAACACAUUUGGGGUUUAUGCACAGUUUCAGACAACCAUUUUCUGGUGUUACAAUAUCUCCCAAGUUCUGCCACUCCAAAGUUGUAGGAUCAAGGGCAAUGUCUUCAAGUGUUUCCAGUACAAAGAGCCAAUAUGUUUAUGGAGAAAGCUUAGCUGCAACUGCAGAUUCAGAUUAUAAGAUGAAUGGAUUAACCCUAAAAAACAGAAUCAGUUCGGUUAAAGAAAGAUUUUUACUUGAUGCUUUUGAUGAUGAGUAUGGUGGAGUAGUAGUUGAUCAUGACAAAUUACCAUCAAACCCUAACGCUUUUACAUCAAUGCUUAGAAACUCUCUCUCGGAUUGGAGAAGAAAGGGAAAGAAGGGAGUUUGGUUGAAGUUACCUGUGGAACAAUCUGAGUUAGUCCCAGUUGCUGUAAAGGAAGGAUUUGAAUAUCAUCAUGCAGAGAAAGGAUAUGUGAUGUUAACUUAUUGGAUACCAGAGGAGGAGCCUUGUAUGCUUCCUGGAAAUGCUUCACAUCAAGUUGGUGUUGGAGGCUUUGUCUUGAACCAAUAUAAAGAGGUGCUUGUGGUGCAAGAAAAGUAUUGUACUUCAUCGAAUACAGGUCUAUGGAAAUUGCCAACUGGAUUUAUUAAUGAAUCAGAGGAGAUCUUCUCUGGAGCUGUAAGAGAAGUCAAGGAAGAAACUGGGGUAGAUACAGAUUUCUUAGAGGUUAUAGCUUUCAGACAUGCACACAACGUCGCAUUUGAGAAGUCUGAUCUGUUCUUCAUCUGUAUGUUGAAGCCACUCUCUGAUAAGAUCAGCAUCGACAACCUUGAGAUCAAAGCCGCUAAGUGGAUGCCAUUGACGGAGUUUGUGGAGCAACCAAUGAUAAAAGGGGACAAAAUGUUUAAGAGAGUAAUUGAAAUAUGUGAAGCAAGAUUAAGACAUCGUUACUGUGGUCUUUCUCCUCAUCGACUUGUCUCUGCUUUUGAUGGCAGACCUUCUUCUCUCUACUACAACGUUGUUGAUGAUGAUGAUCCUUCCCACUCCAACUGUACAGCUGAAUUUUAUUAAUAACCGGAUCAAACCGGACGGGAACAAAAGUCAAGUGGUAAGAUUCUGUGUAUAUAUAAUUCCAUGUAAUGAAUGUUGUUAUUUGAACACUCUUCAGUAAAGUAUAUACUAGUAAUCGCUCCUCUGCAAAUUC